AUGGUUGUAAAAAGUCAAUUUGAGAAACAAAUAUGGGUAUGUGUCACACAUUUAUUCAGUGAGAUUAAGAUUGCUACAGCAAUCCUUGAAUCUCUUAUUGGUGUUGCAACAAUUCUAGAUGAAUUUAACACUAUUUUGCAUCACAUAUGUCAUUUUGUAAAAGGAAAGAACUUCCUUCUUGUCUUAGAUGAUGUGGGGUUUGAAGAUACAAAAUGUUGGGAACUUUUGAAGGAAGUUCUUAACUAUGGUUCCCAAGGAAGUAGAAUUUUGGUGACCACAUGUAAUGGAAAUGUUGCAAACAGUCUGGGAACCUCAAACAUCAUCACACUAGGGAAGUUGCCAAGGGAGGGAUGUUGGUCAUUGUUUAGUCAACUAGCUUUUUUUGGAAGGAACAAUGAAGAGUGUGAAAUACUAGAAGAUAUCGGUAGAAAAAUUGUGGGCAAGUGUAAGGGUUUCCCUUUUGCUCUAAAGAUUUUGGGAAGUUUCUUGUGCUUCAAAAGUAGAAUUGCAGAUUGGAAAGCAGUCUUAGAUAGUCAGAUAUGGGAUUUAGAAGAGGAAGAAUUAGAGGUUUUCAAGCCUUUAUUAUUGAGCUACUAUGAUUUAUAUCCAACAAUGAGAAAAAGCCUCUCAUAUUGUGCCAUUUUUCCAAAAGGCCGUGAGAUAGAGAAAGAUAGGUUGAUUAAAUUGUGGAUGGCCCAAAACUAUCUUUUGACGGAUCAAAGUACAGAUGUGGAAUCAGUUGGUGAAAAGUACUUUAAAAGCUUAUCAAUGCGCUCGUUUUUCCAAGAUUUCAGGAAGGAUCAUUCUGAUGGAAGAGUAAUAGCAUUCAAAAUGCACAAUUUAGUGCAUGAAUUUGCUCAGCGUCUUUCAAAGAGUGAAUGUUUUUCUAUAGAAGUUGAUAGCCCUCAAGUGUCCAGAUUAGAGUCUUAUGACAAAGCUCGACAUUCAAUGAUAAUACUAGAGAAAAAAGGUUCAUUUCCUAUUUCUAUCUGUAAUGGACGAAAGUUAAGUAGCCUAAUGGUUGAGUGCAGAGGUAGUUUUAUGAUUGGAUCUGUUUUAUCAAAAUUGUUGGAAGAGCUCACAUGUCUAAGGUCAUUAGAUUUGAGUAAGCCCCCUGGUUGUCGGGAAAAUCCUGUGAAAGAGCUUCCAGGAGGAAUAAAAAGGCUGAUACAUCUCAGAUACCUGAACUUGUCUAAUAACAGAAAGAUAAAGGUAUUGCCUGAGAUGCUGUGUGAUUUAUUUAAUCUUCAAACCUUGGACAUUACCUCUUGUAGUAAUCUCCAAAAGUUACCUCAAGGGAUGGGGAAGUUAACCAACUUGAGGCAUUUAAUGAACAGUGGAACUCAUUCACUAAGUUAUAUGCCAAAAGGAAUUGAGCGAUUAACUUGUCUUCGAACAUUAAAGGGAUUUGUUGUGGGCAGUGGUGGCCAUGGUAAUAAGGAAUGUAGCCUUAAGCAUCUGAAAAACUUGAUUCAUCUUCAAGGGUCUUUCUUCUUAAGAGGAUUGGGAAAUGUGGUAGAUGAUAGUGGGGCUAAGAGAGUAGAACUUCAGAAUAAGAGUAACCUUGUUCGGUUGGAUCUAAAAUUCAAUGGGAGGAAGAAUAAGUGUGAUAAAUCAGUUCUUGAAGCAUUACAGCCACCUCCAGGAUUGCAGAGUUUGGGGAUAUAUGAUUAUAAAAGCAAAACUGUGUUUCCAAGUUGGAUGAUGGCUUUAACCAAGCUGAGCAUUUUAAGAUUGGAUCGUUGCAUUCAUUGUGAGCAUUUGCCUCCUCUGGGAAAGUUGUCAUCCCUUGAAUCACUCUUCAUAUGGAAUAUGAGUGUUGUGAAAGGAGUUGGCAAUGAAUUUUUGGGAAUAGAAAGUGAAGGCACAUCAUCAGCCGUUGCCUUCCCAAAACUGAAAUCUCUGGACUUCUGGAUGCUGGAAGAAUGGGAACAGUGGGAUUAUGAGAUUGCGAGGCGAGAAGAAAUAGAUGUUUCAAUCAUGCCUUGUCUUCGCUACUUGACAAUUCGAUCCUGCAACAAAUUAAAGGAUUUUCCAGACCACCUCUUUCAGACUACAACACUGAAAGAGUUGCGGAUUUAUGACUGCCAUAAACUACAAAAUCGUUACAGAAAAGAGACAGGAGAUGAUUGGCCCCAGAUUCCUGAUGUCACAGUGGAGGAUAAAUUCAUGCCAUAUCUUUCACAGUCAAACCUCAGGUGAUGGCAGAACCAUAUCUUUCUGCUGUAGAAGAUAAUGAGUGGAUGUUCAUCUGUGAGGCACUCAGGCUUGCGAUCUUUAUCUUCUCAGUUCUGUAAUUGAAAGCAUACAAGCAGGCUUCCUCAUCAAUUGCUAAGGUUGGAUAAACUCUAGCUGUGAUGCAAGCUUUGCCGCUUUCUCCAAAGCUCUCCACUAUAAAGUGAUCAAUCUGUAUAAGUGAUGAAUUGUAAGUGCACUAAAUCAACCACUGGAUUUCUUUUCAGUUCUAAAAUAAUGUACAUGAAUCAUGACAAACUCCAUAAUCUCUUGAACAUUGAUCUUAAUAAUGUAAUCUCCUGUGCUCAUGCCAACUCACCAGGCUCCUUAAUGACAGAUUUGCAUACUUGUUCUGGUCUUGCAAUAUUCUGAAAAACACUGCCGUAUAUUCCUGUUAAGUCCUUUGAAGCCAAAACUAGAAACCCCAAUGGACCUAGAGCUCCUUUAACUGAUGUGUGCAA